ACGGGAUCACCCCAGCACAGACAGACUGAUCACCCUGCUGCUCCAACGUCCAAACUUUCGCGCUCGAAAGGAGCCCUAACUUCUCCAGUUCGCUCCCUUCUUCUUCCCAGAUCAGACGCCCGGGGGAAAAGCUUCGAGCUUCGAGCUUCUGCGAUUCGAAAAUUGAUCGAGAAUGCCCUGACCGGACCCAAUCCAACCUCCGAGGAUCCCGAAGAAUCCGGUCUAGGGUUUCGUAGAUGGACGCCAAGGACAUCCUGGGACUGCCCAAGAAUCAGCUCCCGAUCCCCCAAGAGAAGAAGUCCCGGCCUCCCAAGGAGCCUCAGAGAAAGCCCGAUGGCAUUUCGCGGGAGGUGUAUGCGCUUACCGGCGGCUUGGCGCCUCUCAUGCCGUCAGUCGAUGUUUCGCAAUUGAAACGGCGGCCUCCUUCGGAUGAGAAGGUUACUUGGCAGUGGCUACCUUUCACAAAUUCUGCUAGAAAGGAUGACUUGCAGCUCUUCCAUUGGGUCAGAGUCGUGAAUGGUGUUCCGCCAACUGGUGAUUAUGCUUUUGCCAAAUACAACAAGUCUGCCAACAUUAUUAAGUACACCGAUGAGGAGUAUGAGAAGUACUUGACUGAUCCUGCAUGGACCAAAGAAGAGACAGAUCAAUUGUUUGACUUGUGUGAAAGGUUUGAUCUCCGCUUUAUCGUGAUAGCUGACAGGUUUCCCUCAUCUCGCACGGUGGAGGAACUGAAGGAUCGCUAUUAUAGUGUAUCUCGUGCUCUUCUGAGUGCUAGAGCUCCUCCUGCAGAUAUCACCGGUCACCCUCUUGUAAAGGAGCCUUACAAUAUAUCACAGGAAGUAGAGCGCAAACGUGCCUUGUCAAUGGUCCUCUCUCAAACAAAACAGCAAGAGAGAAAAGACACUGAGGUGUUGGCUGAAGCGAAAAGGAUAACAGAGUCACGGAUGGCUGCUAAGGGCCCUGAAGAAUCUGAGUUGCCUGCAGUGGCAAAUAUUGGUCCAGACAAUAGUCAGAGGGCUAUCACUGGUGACGCUGUAACUCCUUCAACUGCCAUGCCUUCCUCUGCUAUCGCUGCAUCAUCAACAUUAAUGGCAGACAAUGCGUCUACUCUUGCUUCUCUUCGCAUGCUCCGUGUGUACCUGAGAACAUAUGCUCUUGAUCAAAUGGUGCAAGCUGCAAGUGCAUCUGCUGGACUUCGGACAAUUAAGCGGGUUGAGCAAACAUUGCAAGAACUUGGGGUGAAUUUGAAACCAAAAGUUCCAACCAAAGCUGUUUGUGCAGAGCAUCUUGAAUUAAGGAAAGAGAUAUUGACUCUUCUAAAUCUUCAGAAGCAGCUUCAAUAUAAGGAAGCAGAAGGUACAUCUUUUCAAGACAGUCCUUACUCAGAAACACCAGGCACCCCAAAGCGCGCGCCACGUGGGGACCAGGAUCGACCAUUUAUGCCGGACCCUCUUGGUUUUGGAGGUGAUAGAUUUGGCAAAAGGGACCAGAAACGCAAGGCACCUGGAAGAACAUCAGAAGCUGCACAAUCCCCAUCUCAAUCUAAAAGGCCUCGCAAGAUGAAGGCUUCUGACAUAUAGUUGUGGGAUGAUUGAGUCUUGGGCUAUUGGUAACAGUGGCUUGUGGCGUGAUGAUUUGACACAAAAUUUAUGCUUCCCCAGAUGCUUGGUCAACAAUUAAGCACGAAAGGCAGAUGCAACUCCCUCAGGAUUGCUUCUUUUUGUCAUAUUUGGAGUUGAGCAGAAGCUUACACCAAUGCUGAGCUUUUCCUGGAAUGAGACGGUUACGCAUGACAAUUACUCAUUAAUGUCCAGGUGCCCAUCCCGAGCGUGAAAAUCCUGCGUCCUUAGCUGCUGACAUUAUGUAUAUAUAGUGACCAUGUGUUGAUCUUCUGUGGAUGAGGGGUUUCUCCCAUUAGCAUACUUUUUCUCUGGAAGAGAUGAAGGAGGCUUCAAUUUAAAAAGGCGAAGAAGCCUUUUUAACAUUAAGAAAUGCCUGCUGCUUUUUGCUUCAAAGUAGAGGGGAUCUCGAAAUGGAGGAACAGAUAUAUAUACGUAGAAGAUGCGCGUAAACUUUGCUGGUCCGAAUCAGAUCAUCUGAUUGGUUCCCAAUCAAGCAUUUUGUGAGGCCCUGUCGACCCAAUUAAUGUGGACUCCGGAUGGUUUCUUCUAUAGUAAGCUUACAUCGUGAUGGUGGCAUUUGGAGUGAUAAAAGAAGCUGAUUGAAAGUUGGCUAAUAUCCGUCAAAUGCAGGAUCUAUCCUUGUAGGAAAAAUUUUCGUAUCCACAGCCAUGCCAUAUUAUUCCCUGUUUGGUUCAGCAUUCCCAAUAGGCUUUUCAAAGCCCCUUGGGAAAAAUGUUAAGUAUUUGGUUCAGGAUUUUGAGGUGUCAUUUGCCCAAUAUUAGCAUUUGGAAUGUUGAAAGCUCAAAGUAGGUAGAGACUUGUAUUUGGAAUGUUGAAAGCCUAAAGUAGGUAGAGACUUGCUUUGGACUUUUAGCAUUUUCAGAAUUCUAAAUAGGAGUUUAAUGAUUUUUUUUUUCCUUCCAA